AUGGAAAUUCAACUUGAUGGCAAAAUUCCGCUGGGAGAAGGUGGCUACGGCUCAGUGUUUCCAGGAAACUAUCAAGGCAGUAAAGUGGCAGUGAAAAGAGUUCUACUCAUAUUAGGUGCUAACGGUGCUAACCACGAAGAAAGCAUUCUUAACCUUCAAUUCCAAGACCAUCCAAAUAUCGUCAAAUGCUUCCACUAUGAAACUGACGAUAAUUUCAAGUAUUUUGCUUUGGAACUGUGCACCGCAUCAUUAGAUCAUAUGUUUCUAGAUGCUAAUCAUUCGCUGAAAUACAGGGGACCUAAACUGCCACACUACAUCACGGUUUUCUCCCAAUUGGCUUCGGGCCUCGAAUACAUUCAUUCAAAUAAUUUGAUUCAUGGAGACAUCAAACCGGAAAAUGUGCUCAUCUCCGUCGAUUCUACUAGUCAGGUGGUGACAAUGAAAUGGGCCGAUUUCGGUCUGUCCAGAUCCGUCAAUGAACGUGGGACAUUUACGAUGAAUAGCGGAAUCAAAGGAACAAGAAACUGGUAUGCCCCCGAGAUAAUGAAACUAAUCAGUCAAUUUCAGCAAUCCGAAAAGCCCCUAGGUACCGUCAAAAGCGACGUGUUUGCUCAAGGCCUUGUCUUUGCAUUUCUUCUGUUAGACGGGCACCAUCUUUACGGUACAAACGAGUUAGAAGUUUGUAUAAACAUUGCGGCUAACAACCCAGUCAAUAUCAGCAAGAUUAGCCAAUCCAAUUACGCAUUGGAUCUUAUCAGAAAAAUGUUAGAAUACGAACAUGGCAAUAGACUUUCAUCCCGCGAUGUUGUUAUUCAACUAGAAUCCAUCAAAGAAAAGGUAAUAAUAUUUUGA